AUGACCGUCACUGUUCUGGCUACUUCGACGACCAAGACGAAGACGAAGCUUCGCGAUCCGCUGCUUGCGCUUGAGAUGGCCCCGACCCAGGCGCAGGCGCGUCAUGCCGCGCCUGGUAGGAAGACGACUCGGUCGGCUGCGCGACUGAGUUUGACGAAUCAGGAGAAUGAGGCCCCUGCGGGGCCGCCUAAUGGUGUUGAGAAGAAGAAGAAAGGUGCGGGUGCGAAGAGGAGUGCUGAUGUGUUCGAUGAGGAUGUAGAAGGUUUCCAGUUUACCCGUGUUACUACAUCCAAGAGCAAAAAGUCUAAACCAUCGGAUAAUGCUAUCCCUGAGCUUGCUCCGCCACCAGAGAAACCACCGCAACCGUCGCCGCGGCGGGGUCGGCCGCCGAAGAAGAAGGUCGAGCAGAAGCCCGAGGCUACUACGGCAACGGAAUCACAACAGGAGCCCACCAAGCCCAGGAGUACAAGACAGACGCGAGGCGCCGCGAAGCCGACUGCCCCCGAACCGGAACCGGAGCCGGAACCCGUGAGCGGGACGCGCUCGUCGCGAAAACGCGACAACGCCGAAACAGUUCCGACGGAGAAGAAGAAACGGAAGGGCGGGCGGCCUAGCAAAUCCCACGCGGAGGAGCAGCGCAAUGGGUUCCAGUCACCGGAGCCGCCUCAGUCGGGGACAGCGACGAUUGCGUUGCCCAUGGCGGAUACGCCGGUGAUCCAGCGCAACAAGGAGAUGCGGGGCGCUGGAAAGUCCGGAAAGGGCAAUCGGCGGAGUAGUCUGGGGAUGAGGGGGCGGAGAGCCAGUUCGCUGAUUGAAUCUGGCGCGUCGAAUGCGUUACCCCAUAGAGAGGUCGACACGGCGGAUUUCUUCAAGCACAUCGCCAGCGACGGAUUACCGGAGCCAAGACGGAUGCGGCAGUUACUGACGUGGUGCGCCACGCGCGCCUUGAGCGAUAAACCUACGGGGUCUGGUGCCGAAGACGCGAGUGCUCGAUUAGCAGCGCGUGUAAUCCAAGAGGAACUACUCAAGGACUUUUCGCAGAAUUCGCAACUCUCCGACUGGUUCUCACGGGAAGAUGUCGCGCCGUCCGUGGUAGUGAAAAAGCCGAACCCGAAAAACACACAGAACAGCGAAAAGAUCAAGGAACUAGAAGAGCAAAUACAGAGGCUACACCAAGAGAAACAGUCCCUAAACGCCUUACUACGACCGCCGACUAUCCCCCCAAUCCAACCCCCAGCCGCGCAACCAGAGCAACCCACCGAAACCUCCAACGCCAACGAGCCCUCUACCUCGAUAGACACCUCCUUAUUAGACCCGUCCCAACAACAAAUAUACAACACAAUCAAGCCCGCCCCCGCCCCCGCCACACACCCACCAGACAGCACCGACACCGACACGGCCGCUCCCCACACAGAAACCGCCAUCUCAGCGCGUCUCUCACGAAUCACAGGCAGCCUAGCACCAACCCUCGACACCUUCGCCGCUGGCAUACACGACAUCGACCUCUACCGCGCGACCUCAGACCGCGUAUCCACCCGGGUAUUACAAAUCUGCGCAGACCGUCUCGACGAGCGCGACACGCGACACGCGCUCCGCCGCCUCGCACUCGACAACGGCAGCGAGGAGGACACGAAGACGGUCCGGCCGCGGGAAGACCUGGGGUUGAUCCUCGGGGCGCUCAGUCGGAUCGAGCGGCGGUGA